AUGUAUUUGGAAAAUGAUAUAUUUGAUACUCGUGAUGAGCUUGAACAAUGGGCUAAGAAUGUUGGAAAGGCGAAUGGUUAUGUGCUGGUGAUCGCAAGGUCUGACUAUGCUAUAAGUGGAGGAAAGGUAUUUGUUACUAUUAAGUGUGCGAAGCAUGGUAUUUACAGGCCAUACAAGGACCCGAAUACAUUCAAGUACAAAAAGACCGCAUCACAAAAGACCGAUUGCAAGUUUAAUCUCAAAGGACGACCUGCGAAGGGUGAUAGAAUGUGGCGGCUGAAAGUGAUGGAUGGUAAACACAACCAUGAACCAGCUAAAUCACUAGUUGGCCACCCCUACGUUGGUCGACUAACAGAGGAAGAGAAGGGACUUGUGGACACCAUGACUAGUACUUGGACUCCACCGAGACAAAUACUAGCGACAUUGAAGGAAAACAAUCCAGGUAACUUGACUACAAUCACUCAAGUUUACAGUUGCAACAAAAGGUUUAAAAAAGAGGAGAGGGGACCAUUGACAGAAAUGCAACAUUUGAUGAAGAAGUUGGUAGAAGCCAAGUAUGUUCACUUUGAAAGGCAACAAGCUGAUUCAAGUGAGAUUAGGGAUCUCUUCUGGGCUCAUCCUGAUGCGGUCAGACUCUUCAACACAUUCUCUCAUGUGGUCAUCAUGGAUUGCACGUACAAGACAAACAGAUAUCAGAUCCCCUUGCUUGAAAUGGUUGGUCUCACUUCUACGGGGUUGACUUUCUCCAUAGCAUUUUGCUACAUAGUUAGGGAGCACACAAUUGACUAUGUUUGGGCCUUGGAGUGCAUGAAGUCUCUUAUUACCAAUGAUGCCAGAUUACCUCAAGUGAUUGUGACUGACAGAGAUUUGGCUUUACUGAGUGCUGUUAAGCAAUGUCUUCCCAAUUUGGAACAAUUUGAUGAGGAAUGGAAGGAAAUGUGUGUCAUGUGUAAGGACUACCCAGAUUUCAUAUCCUACAUUUCUACUACAUGGUUAAAGCACAAGGAGAAAUUUGUGAGUGCGUGGACCAAUUCUGUGUUGCAUUUUGGAACAACAACGAGUAACAGGGCUGAAAGUGCACACUCAACCUUGAAAAGGAUGCUGAAAGACGGCAGAGGUGACUUGUGCGCCUCGUGGGAUGCAGUGGAUAGGUUGACCACUGUACGACACAAUGAAAUCAAGGCAUCAUUUGAGCGCAGUAUCAACCUUGUAGAACAUCGUUUCAAGUCGCCCAUGUAUACAAAUGUCAGGGGAUUUGUGUCCAGAAAGGCCAUGCAACUCAUGGAAGAUGAACAGAACAGAGUGAUGCGUGAUGGUUGUGGAUGCGCGUUUCAAGUUAUGAUAGAAUUCCGUAUGAGGCAGUCCAUAUUUUCUGGAAGAUACUUGGUUGGGACCAUGUACCCAUUGGGAGUCAAGCCUCAAACCAAGGAGACCUCCAGUCAGAGAUUGAUGGCUUGA